AUGACGAUCACAUCACAUUCUUCACGGUCUUUCUACACCCCACUGCUAAUCUCUCUGGCUGGCAUAGUCUUUGCCUCUCUGGCAAUUGCAGCAUACCAUCUCAUUUUGGUACGAUUUUGCCUAAGGCGUCGGCGGCAUCGACAAUUAGCCAGUAGUAGGUGGCACUUGAACCAGAUGCCUGCAGGGUUGGACCAAAAAGUCCUUGCCGCAAUCCCAAUUCUCUGUUACUCCACAAACAAUGUUAAAGGUGAGUCAUUUCGUGUGGAUCAAAGCGAAUGCGUGGUUUGCUUAGGAGAAUUGGUGGAGGGUGACUCGGUAAGAUUGUUGCCUUAUUGUAGGCAUGCCUUCCGUGUUCCCUGCAUUGACAAAUGGUUCUCCGCACAUUUUAACUGCCCAAUUUGCCGAGCACCCAUGGCUGCUGCGCCAAUAAUUAUGGAAAACCCCUUGCCUAUAGAGAUUCAGAUCAGUGCUCAUGUUCAAGGAGGUGAUGACGGUGUUGAUAUCAGCGCUUCCACUUUGAGGAGUCAUGUGCGAUCUGGCGGUUUGCCUCUCCACUGUGCGGCCUCCGGUCCCUUAGUAGUAGACCGUAUAGAUCAGCAAGUUGCAACAGCAACUGUGACGCAGUUAGAGAUGACAUGUGUACAACGUUAUUUGGGCAUUUAUCGCAACUCGGCUUGGGACGGGGUAGCAGCAGUACACCCACUGCGCAAUUCUUCCAUAUUGAGAUGCCUUGGAAUUAUUAAAGUUGAAGAUGAUUAUGAUGAAAAAGGGCGACUUCUUUGGGAAGAUGUAAUUGAUAUAAAUGCAGGAAUUGGAUAA